CACUUCAUAAUAUGAAAAAGAGACUAGUUUGUUGUUGGAGUAGAGGCUCAACCAUGUGAGUCAAAAGGACGAAAAUGGAAGGAAUAAAAACACACUCGAAAGCGCUCAAAUGUCUUGAUUCUUUAAGCUUUAACAAAGAUGGGCAAAUAGCCAUCAUUGGGUCAAACCUGACAUCAAGAACAUGGAAUGGUAUGUUAGCGAUAUACUCUGACCCAAAAUUUGCACCAGAAAUUCCUCACAUUGAUGCGGCAGUAGUAACUGAUGCUGGAAACUCAGAUGUAUCUUGGGUUGAUGAUAAGCAGCUUAUAGUUGCUUCAGACACAGGGGCAAUUGAUUUAUGGACAAUACAAAACAGCAAUGGGACAUUGGAGAACUCAAUAAGUUUUCAUGAACAUGAUGACAUUUGCAGUUCUGUUAGCUUGGAUCCAAGCAGAAUACAAUUUGCUAGCUCUAGCUGGGAUGGAUGUGUGAAAGUUUGGGAUUUAGCCAUAGAAGUUUCUGUUCACACGUUUAGAGCACAUGCUGGUAAGGUUUUGUCUGUGGCUUGGAGUCAAAAAUAUGGAGAUCUGACAUCAUCAGCAUCUGAUGAUGGAGAUAUUUUUGUUUAUGAUGUUAGAGAUGCAAAACCAGCCUCAUUGUUAGCUCAUGAAAAAACGUCAUACCCAUGUUCUGUGACUUGGCAUCCUACUGAUACAAAGAUUGUAGUAGGGUACAGCGACGGAAGAAUCUCCUUAUUCGAUAUGAGAAAUCGUGGUCAACAUGUAUUGACUUACAAGGCCCAUGCAAAGAAUACAAAUUGCGUUGCAUUUUGUCCCACAAGAGACAACAUGAUUGCCAGUGUUUCAGACGACCAGACAUUGCACGUCCAAGAGUCAGAUCAAAAUACAGCCUUGCUACAUAGAAAAGUACAUAGUGAUUAUGUGAAAGGCCUUGCCUGGGAUUUAAACAGAAUAUCAUGUUGGACUUGUGCUUGGGAUGGCAAAGUAUUAGAGACUAUGGUAGAUAAAGAUAAGAUGGAUCUUGAUGAUUAGUAAAAUUAGUAAAAUUUGCAAAGGAAUUUCACAUCAACAGCAGAAAAUUAAAGGACAAAAAGCUGUUAAGUGGUACAUUUUUACAACAAGAAUAACAGUGCUUCUACUUUUUGUCUCGAAACAAAGUUUUAUAUUUUGAAAUAGAAUUGAGCUGAUGGCCACAGGCAUGACGGAUUUUAUUGACAAUGUCUAGCAUAUAUCCAUUUAAACAAUUGUGAUUGGACAUGAGACGUUAAGGGUAAACUGUUUCACAAAGGAGUAACAUGCAGGUUUAUCGCUAGUGGCUACAAUAAAAGAUUGCCAUUUA